AUUCACUUGAUAGCAAGCCAAGUGAAGAAGCUCGCGCUCUCUCUCUCUCUCUCUCUCUCUCUCUCAUCUCAUUCAUCAUUCGAUUCUCAAUCAAACCAUGGAAAUCGAUGAAAUACAAGAAGUCCAACUAGAAGAACCAUCUCCAUUACCAGUAGUAGUAAAAGAGCCUCCCAUGAUACACCGCCUCGAUGAGUCGGUGGUGAACCGAAUCGCCGCCGGUGAAGUGAUCCAGCGGCCUGUCUCCGCUGUCAAAGAACUCAUCGAGAACAGCCUCGACGCCGACUCCACCUCCAUCAACGUCGUCGUCAAGGACGGCGGUCUUAAACUCAUUCAAGUCUCCGACGACGGCCACGGCAUCCGAUAUGAGGACUUGCCAAUACUAUGCGAGAGACACACGACAUCCAAGUUGUGUAAGUUUGAAGAUUUGCAAUCGAUUAAGUCGAUGGGUUUCAGAGGUGAGGCCCUGGCUAGCAUGACCUAUGUUGGUCACGUUACCGUCACCACCAUUACCAAAGGCCUAUUGCAUGGUUACAGGGUGUCAUACAGAGAUGGUGUAAUGGAGCAUGAGCCCAAAGCUUGCGCUGCUGUAAAGGGGACACAGAUAAUGAUUGAGAAUUUGUUUUAUAACAUGACUGCUCGGAGAAAAACACUUCAGAACUCUGCUGAUGAUUACCCAAAAAUAGUAGACUUAUUAAGCCGGUUUGCCAUUCAUCACAUAAAUGUGGGCUUCUCUUGUAGAAAGCAUGGAGCUGCUAGGGCAGAUGUUCAUUCAGUUGCGACAGCUUCAAGGCUUGAUGCAGUCAGAUCUGUUUACGGAGUGUCAGUUGUGCGCAAUCUGAUGAAAAUAGAAGUUUCAGACGAUGACCCAUCUAGUUCAGUUUUUGAGAUGGAUGGUUUUAUCUCCAAUUCUAAUUACGUUGCUAAGAAGAUCACAAUGGUGCUUUUUAUAAAUGAUAGAUUAGUUGAGUGCAGUGCCUUAAAGAGAGCUAUUGAAAUUGUUUAUGCUGCAACCUUGCCGAAAGCAUCAAAACCUUUCAUAUAUAUGUCAGUUUUAUUGCCACCUGAACAUGUUGAUGUGAAUGUACACCCAACAAAGCGAGAGGUAAGCCUUUUGAAUCAGGAAGUUGUUAUUGAGAAGAUACAAUCUGCAGUGGAGUCAAAAUUGAGAAACUCCAAUGAGGCAAGGACAUUUCAAGAACAGGUGGUAGAUCCCUCUCCGUCUAGUCCUAUGCUUAGGAGCAAAGAUUCCCCAAUUAAUCCCUCAGCUUCUGGGACAAAAUUGCAAAAAGUUCCAGUCCACAAAAUGGUACGAACAGAUUCACUGGAUCCUGCAGGGAGGUUGCAUGCCUACUUGCAAGUUAAACCUCCUAGCCAUCAUGAAAAUAAUUCCAGUUUGACAUCUGUGAGGUCUUCUAUCCGACAAAGGAGGAACCCAAAGGAAGCUGCCGAUCUAACUAGUAUUCAGGAGCUUAUUGAUGACAUUGAUAACAAAUGCCAUUCUGCUCUGCUGGACAUUGUAAGACACUGCACCUAUAUUGGGAUGGCAGACGAUGUGUUUGCUCUGCUUCAGCAUAAUACUCACUUAUUUCUUGCCAAUAUAGUGACUUUGAGCAAAGAGCUCAUGUAUCAGCAAGUCCUUCGUCGGUUUGCUCAUUUUAAUGCAAUACAACUAAGUGACCCAGCCCCACUGCCUGAGUUGAUUAUGCUGCCACUGAAAGAGGAGGAUGUAGACCCAGAAUGCAAUGAAAAGGAUGAACUGAAAGAAAAGAUUGCAGAAAUGAACACAGAGCUGCUCAAGAAUAAAUCUGAGAUGCUAGAGGAAUAUUUUUGCAUCUAUGUUGAUUCACAAGGUAACUUGUCUAGGCUUCCUGUCAUACUUGACCAGUACACACCUGAUAUGGACGAGGACGAAAAUGAGCAUGAACUAAUUUCCGAGGCAGAGACUGCCUGGGCCCAGCGUGAAUGGUCAAUCCAGCAUGUCUUGUUUCCCUCCUUGAGACUUUUCUUCAAGCCCCCAACUGCAAUGGCCACAAAUGGAACAUUUGUCCAGUUUUCUAAGAGACUUGACGAAAAUGAGCAUGAACUAAUUUCCGAGGCAGAGACUGCCUGGGCCCAGCGUGAAUGGUCAAUCCAGCAUGUCUUGUUUCCCUCCAUGAGACUUUUCUUCAAGCCACCAACUUCAAUGGCCACAAAUGGAACAUUUGUCCAGGUUGCUUCACUGGAGAAACUUUACAAGAUUUUUGAAAGAUGCUAACAAGAAUAGUUCGGUUCCAGACCUCAUGACACAGACAGUUGUUGAUGCAACAUAUCUUCUAGGAGCAGCCAGCAUCCCUGAAGGCUGGUGGAGAAAAUUGUGUUAGUAAGCAUGUUAGGUGUCAGUAAAUAUACACCUCUCUCUCUCUCUCUCUCUCAACUAUUGAUGAUACUGUGGAGAUUCCCAAGGAUAAUCUGUCAGAGGUCAAGCUGAUACUUUCUUAAUGACUGUUUAUGCAAAUAUUAAAGUUUGUGCCAAUUUCUUUUGUUGUUGCGGACUACUAUGAUUACUGUUGUGUGAAUAUUAGCUGUACUUAGAACGGUGUUUUUGUAAACUGAAUGGUUUAGAAUGGUGUUUUUGUAAA